AAGGCCAAUUAGCAUUUGUAGUUGUUAGCUACUACCACAAUACAACUCUCACACUCAAAUAUAUAGCAUGGCUAGUGACUCCUUGACCAGGGGGCAGAUAAUCGGAGAUGUCUUAGAUCCGUUCACUAGCUCAGUGCCUGUAACUGUCAUGUAUGAUGGCAGACCUGUAUUUGAUGGGAUGGAGUUUCGGGCGUCGGCGGUGUCGGUGAAACCUAGAGUUGAGAUUGGUGGUGAUGAUUUUCGUGUGGCCUAUACCAUAGUUAUGGUGGAUCCUGAUGCGCCUAAUCCCAGCAAUCCUACCCUGAGGGAGUACUUGCAUUGGAUGGUAACUGACAUCCCAGCAUCGACAGAUGAUAGCUUUGGCCGAGAGGUCAUAACCUAUGAAAGCCCAAACCCCAACGUGGGCAUCCACCGCAUCGUCCUGGUGUUGUACCAGCAAAUGGGGCGGGGCACGGUGUUUGCACCGCAAGUGCGUCAGAACUUCAACUUGCGCAAUUUUGCACGCCGUUUCAACCUUGGCAAGCCUGUGGCCGCCAUGUACUUCAAUUGUCAGCGGCAAACGGGCACAGGUGGCAGAAGGUUCACCUGAUUACCAGUCCUGUUCAAGUUGAAGGCAAGUUGAGCUAAAUACUAGCUGCAUAUGCGUGCUUACCUAUACAAAACCGCAUUGUGAUACAGUACCAAGAAAGCUAGAAUAAGGUGUACUUGUUGUACAUGUAGGCUCUUGUGUGUGCCUUCAUGAGGAUGACUGCCUUUCAAUAAGUUUAUGA